AUGGAGGUUGUUGAGCAGCCAGUUUUGACAUACAAAAUAUCCCAGGUCAAGGCUAUGAUGGAGCAAGCAAUAUGCAUAGGGAAUUUAACGUUAGCAUUAGUUGCAGCAGCAAGAGAAGUGUUUGAAGUGCAUCAAUUCUUUAAAGACUUGUUUGAUAUUGUUAAUAUUACUUCUGCUUCUUCCAAACGGCACAAUGAAUUACAAAAAGCCCAAGCAGGUGAAAUAACUCGUUUGGUAUCCAUCAAUGAGUUAGCAACUGGAACAAGAAUGAAUCAAAUUGGCACUUUACAAAGUCCUGAUAUGAAUGCUCAAUACAUUAUGGGUCGUAGUCGCAACAAGAAGGAAGAUGUUACAGUGGAGCAUCAUUAUCCAGUGGAUAUAUUUUUUGAUACAAUAGAUGCUCAGUUGCAAGAAUUGAAGAGUAGGUUUAACGAACAUGUUGUCAACCUUCUCACUCUUACUACAGCUUUAGAUCCCAAGGAAUUUUUCAAGUUAUUUGAUAUUGAUAAAAUUUGCAUUCUUGUAAACAAGUUUUAUCGAGAAGAUUUUUCUCAACAAGAGAAAGAACGUCUCCUAUAUGAGUUGAAGAAUUAUGAACUUGAUGUAUGUAAGCAUCCUGGUUUUAGAAAAAUAUCAACACUUUCUGAACUUUGUAGAAGCUUAGUUGAGAGUGGAAAGUCAGUCAUGUACCCACUCGUUGAUAGAUUGAUUAGUCUUAUAUUGGCUCUUCCAGUUUCAAUAGUAUCCUCAAAACGUGUUUUUUCUACUAUGAACAUUGUGAAGACUCGACUUUGUAGCAAGAUGGAAGAUGAUUUUUUUAAGAACUUCUUUUGUUGUGUACAUUGA